AUGACGGAAGUGAAACCAAGGCUGAUCGAUGCUUUGGUUCAGAAGAUACCAGAGCAAUCCAGCGAGCAGCCCCUUGGAGUUGAGAAGCGAAGCAAAGCAGAAACCUUGAGCAUUUUGUCAUGCCGCGGGCCAGUUUGCUUCCUCGCCAGGUUCCAAGCCAUUUUUCUGGAGCUCCAGCUCGUGGUGCUCGGCACCGAGCAAUGUGUCGGAGGGGAGCAGCGAGAAGCAUGGCCACCUCGGCGCCUCUGCCUGCCAGUCGCAAAGCCGCAUUUGCUUCGCAAGGUCUGCUGCUCUCCGGAUCCGCAAGGGCUUGGAGGCGCUGUUUUCUAA